UUUGUCAUUUCUCGGAAAUUUAAUUGAUAUUCUAUACUCUAUAGGGUUUCGGGACUCUGAACUCUGAAUGUUUCAGGCGACGGAGGGAAAAGCAUAGGGAAAAUGAGCACUGGCAGUUCGCUGUCGUCGUCACCGGCGAGGUCAUCGAGUUCGACGAUGGCGAUGAUCGGAGGAAAUGUAGGGCCGUCAUCGUCUAUAGCCGUUGAUGACUUCAAUUUCCCGCCUGAUCUCGUCUCCAUUCAAGACCGCAAAGACGAGGCUCUUCAAGUUCUCAAAUCUGAUCUGAUGGCUUCACUGAACAAAGAGGUUAAAUCCCUAGACGAGGAUAGCUGGAUGUUUGAUGGACCUCGGUCUUGUAUUCACAGGAUUUCUAGGCCAGGUCGUCUUCACAAACAUGUAGAAAUUGGGAAGCAGAAUUCUAAGUUGGCGGCCACAUUAAAAUGAGGAAUGUUUUCUUGUGCAGAUUGCAAUAUAAUGUAGCCUUCAUGUUAAUGAUUUGUACUACUAAUUUUUUACUGUUAAUUUUUACUCAAUGAUUUUCCAGAAGCUUGAAUUUCAUGUUGAGAUUUUGUUAGAUUUUGGAAA